GCUAUGCUGGGCGAGAAUGAGAAGCCAGAUGUUACAUAUGCGGAUGUUGGUGGUCUGGAUAUGCAGAAGCAGGAGAUCAGAGAGGCGGUCGAGCUGCCUCUGACACACUUUGACCUUUACAAGCAGAUCGGUAUUGAUCCUCCCCGUGGUGUCCUUCUGUAUGGUCCUCCUGGUACCGGCAAAACCAUGCUGGUCAAGGCAGUGGCGAACAGCACAACCGCCAGCUUCAUUCGUGUGAACGGUUCCGAAUUCGUCCAAAAGUACCUUGGUGAAGGACCUCGUAUGGUCCGUGAUGUUUUCAGAAUGGCUCGGGAGAACUCCCCCGCCAUCAUCUUCAUUGAUGAAAUCGAUGCCAUCGCCACCAAGCGUUUCGACGCCCAGACGGGUGCCGACCGUGAGGUUCAGCGUAUCUUGCUGGAACUUCUGAAUCAGAUGGAUGGUUUUGAGCAAACGAGUAAUGUCAAAGUCAUCAUGGCUACUAACCGAGCGGAUACCCUGGAUCCUGCCUUGCUGCGUCCGGGCCGUCUGGAUCGAAAGAUUGAGUUCCCGUCCUUGCGUGACCGGCGUGAGCGUCGGUUGAUCUUCACCACGAUAGCCUCCAAGAUGUCGCUUUCACCUGAGGUUGACCUGGACUCUCUGAUUGUGCGUAACGAACCGCUAUCUGGUGCGGUUAUCGCGGCUAUUAUGCAGGAGGCGGGUCUCCGCGCUGUUCGUAAGAACCGCUACAACAUCAUCCAAUCUGAUUUGGAGGAUGCUUAUGCUGCUCAAGUCAAGACUGGGCAAGAAUCUGAUAGACUCGAAUUCUACCGCUAAAUCAGAUGAAGUGCAGUGACUGAGGUGGCAAUGUGUUUGCGAGGGCAAUUAGGCUGGGUCUUAGCUACCAUACCUUUAGGCAUCACAUAUCAAGACAAUGAUUGACGUAUCUUGGUUAUUGUUGACGUAGACUGCCUGAAUAUGCUCAAAUCCAAC